AUGGAUGAGAUGGAGAACAACACAACAAUGAAUAUCGAUCGCAAUCAAAAUCACAAUAAUCAUCACAACAAUCUCCGAUUUGCCAACACACCAUCAACACCGGACCACACCGGCAGCAUCCUGGCGCCAUUCCAGAUACCCAAGCAGAAUUCCAAGUACACAUUGCCAACAGCCAUCCUACAUUCACACUCCCAAUCACAUCCCAACCUCAAUGCCCACAACAACACCAACAAUAACAUCAACUCCAAGUAUCCACCGGGAAAGAAGUCCUCCUCGCUGGAGGGCGUGUCACUACCCUUCAAUAACAACAACCACGUCAAUGGCUUUCACACGAGCGGACCCUUCCGCUCAAUCUCCACCUCCUCCUCACCAAUGACCUCGCCAUCACCAUCACCCACAUCAAUGCCAACCCUGCGCAACACACCACCCUCGGGCUCGGCCACUGUCCAAUGGCCCUGGGACGUUACAAAGUAUUUCGAGACCAUCAACAUGGUCAUCGAUGACAUGGAGACCAAGUUGAACAAGGAGACACCAUCCAGGAACAUCAUAGAUUACAAGAUAUUCAAGACUUUGAUAUCCAGCCUGAGGAACCAGGUGGCCUCCACUCAGAUCAAUCUCCAGACACUACUCCAUGACAGGGAGAUGGAGAUUGAGGACAUGAUGAGUGAGUUAUCCAAGCUGAGGAGUAUGAUUCACUUCUCAAAGGACGACAAGCUCAAGAUCAGUUCUUUGGUGUCCUCAAACAAGAGUCCAAACAAUUCUUACUAUGCUGGUAAUGCUUCAAAGGCCCCACUCUCACUCUUGGACGACGAUGAUGGUGAGCUCAACAUCAGUGAUGACGAUAGUGAUGGUGAGCAAUCACUUCAUCCAAGAAAGAUGUUGAAGAAGGAUCACAAUGGAGCAUCAACGAGUCAACAACACUUUACCAACAAGCCACGUAUAAUCAGUCAUCAUUCAUUACCAAACAUUAACUCGAUCAACUCAAUCAAUGGCAACAAUGCACCCGUUCAGAAGCCACCAAAGGAGGAAUGGGCCACCGAAGUCCUUCUUAAUCUCAACACAUCAUCCAAUGGUACAUCGGCCAAUGCGGCACAACAUGCACUGAUCACUGGCCUGCUUCAGAACAGCAAUCACUCCUCUCCCAACAACAGUCCACCACAUGAGCUCCAGGACCAACAAGGCAAGACCACUCCACCCAAUGGUCAGUCCGCCACCGCCAAGCCACAGCUUCCUCCAACCACUACCAAGUUCAACUUUGUCCCUCACGAUCUCUCCGGAAUGAACCCAGUUGCCAAUGCCAAUGCCAACCCCAACGCAAACGCAUCAGCGGCUGCUGCGGCUUCAGCCAUGGUCACCCAGUACCAAGCCAGCGAUUUCCAGAGCUCCAGUGACAAUGAGGACGACAAGUCCAAUGACAACGGUGGUACCGGCGGCUCAUCUGGCAAGAACAAGAAGAAGAGAGGCAAGCUCCCAUGCGAGGCAACGUCCAUCCUGAAGAAGUGGUUGUUUGAGCACAACAUGCAUCCUUAUCCAACUGAAGAUGAGAAGGCUGUGUUGGCCAGCAGCACCACCCUAUCCUUCAGCCAGAUCAACAACUGGUUCACCAACGCCAGACGUCGCAUUCUGCCGCGUCAGCUGGACCGCAAGGUAUAUGGCAGUCCACUCUUUUCGCACUUCUCCAUGGUGAACAAGUGA